AAUGACUAAUGAUCAUCAUUUUCCAACUUCAAAUAGAAAAGAUGCUUAAAGCCUCUUCAAAUCUUCAGCUUUCGUUUUCUUUGAUUUUGACUUAAGUAUCUAUCUAUCUCGAUACCUGUAUCUGACAACGAGUGUCAUCAUUGCAUUUCUAAAUUAAUGUCUUCGUCGUUGAUGAAGGAUUUUCUCCGCACCACCGGUGGUACGGCAGUCAUCGACGGCGGACUUGCGACGGAGCUGGAGCGUAAGGGCGCCGACCUCAACGAUCCUCUUUGGAGCGCCAAAUGCCUCCUUUCCUCCCCUCACCUCAUUCGCGAGGUGCACCUUGAUUACCUGGAAAAUGGUGCAGAUAUUAUAAUCACAGCAUCUUAUCAGGCCACUAUUCAAGGCUUUAAAGCAAAAGGCCUUUCUGACAAAGAAAGUGAAGACUUGAUCAGAAAAAGUGUUGAAAUUGCUCGGGAGGCCAGAGAUGUGUACUAUGAAAGAUGUGCUGCAUGCUCUUCAGGUAUCGAUGCUGAUGGUAGAAUCUUCAAGAAACGCCCUAUUCUAAUCGCAGGUUCAGUGGGGAGCUAUGGAGCUUAUUUGGCUGAUGGGUCAGAGUACAGUGGGGAUUAUGGUGAUGCUAUAACCUUGAAAUGUCUCAAAGAUUUUCAUCGGAGAAGAGUUCAAAUUUUAGCAGAUUCUGGUGCUGAUCUCCUCGCAUUUGAAACAGUGCCAAAUAAGCUUGAAGCUAAGGCUUAUUCAGAGCUUCUAAAAGAAGAGGACAUAAGUAUUCCAGCAUGGUUUUGUUUUAACUCCAAGGAUGGAAUUAAUGUUGUUAGUGGUGAUUCUUUGGAGGAGUGCAUUUCUAUUGCUGAAUCAUGCAGCAAGGUUGUUGCUGUUGGGAUCAACUGUACCCCGCCCAGAUUUAUACAAGACCUGAUAGUAUCUGUUAAGCAGGUAGAACCUCAUGUUCUCACUUUUUCGACUGACUAUGAUGUGGGCUGGUUCGGUCGAUGCCUGAUGGACGUAAACUUUUCUUAUUUUAAGUGUGACUACAAAACCAAUUGUUAUAUAUCCAAACAGCGGGGAAACUUACGAUGGUAUCCAAAAGCAGUGGGUGAAAAAUACAGGGGUUACAGAUGAAGAUUUUGUCUCAUAUGUGAACAACUGGAUUGAGUCAGGGGCUUCCCUUGUGGGUGGUUGUUGCAGAACAACCCCGGCUACUAUCAAAGGGAUAUACACCACACUCUCAGUUAGUCGAUCAGUGAAUCUUGCAGAGGACUCAGAAGCAUCUGAUCAGAAAAUCUUGCAAGAGAAUGUCCGCUGAGGAGGCCAAUGUGCAAACCAAUCUGAUUUUCAUGUCAACAGUUAGUGAAAUGGGAAAAUGAGACACCACAUAUGGCUUGGUUAAUUAGUGAGAUUCCAUCAUGGUCAUGAAGCUUGGAUCAUAUACUUUUUUAGGAGGUAGCAACCCAACAGUGGCUGUUUCUCAAGAUUUUGUUAAAGAUAAUGGAUUUUUUAAAUUUCUUUCUAGAAAUACUAUGAUUUUGUAAAAUGGAAAAAUGGCUAGUAAUUAACAUGAGGUGCAAGUAGGUUGGAGAAUUAUGUACUGAUUAUAGUAUUUUGAGAACUAUCUCCCAAUGAAGUUAAAAAUGGUUGCCUAUGUAGUGUUUUAUUUUAUUAUUUU